AGCCCGCUCCCUAGGGCUCAGCUCGCUGAGAAGGACGCUGAGCUGGAGUUUCCACGCGGGCUAGAGGGGCAGAAGGGACAGCUGCAGAAAGCUGAGACAGCUAGGAGUUCCGCCUCACGCCCCUCUGUUCUGUACAAAAGUCGUUCUUGGUUUGAGGCGAACAGACCCCGGAUCCCCCGGAUCGCGCUUUUCCUCGAAAGCCGCCUGUCCGCCUUUGGUUUCCGAAAACAAAGCAUCGAAGCAGUGUGCACACUGGGGGCGCUGGGUCAGGCCAUGGUCAUGGAAGUGGGCUCCCUGGACGCUGGAAGCCUGCGGACGCUGCUGCGGGAGCGCGCGGCGCACUGCCUGCUGCUCGACUGCCGCUCCUUCUUUGCUUUCAACGCCGGCCACAUCGCGGGCUCUGUCAACGUGCGCUUCAGCACCAUCGUGCGGCGCCGCGCCAAGGGCGCCAUGAGCUUGGAGCACAUCGUUCCCAACUCGGAGCUGCGCGGCCGCCUGCUGACGGGCGCCUACCACGCCGUGGUGCUGCUGGACGAGCGCAGCGCCUCGCUGGACUGCGCCAAGCGCGACGGCACCCUGGCUCUGGCCGCUGGCGCGCUCUGCCGGGAGGCUCGGGCCACACAAGUCUUCUUCCUCAAAGGAGGAUAUGAAGCUUUUUCGGCUUCCUGCCCGGAGCUGUGCAGCAAACAAUCGACCCCCAUGGGGCUUAGCCUCCCUCUGAGUACUCACGUCCCUGACAGCGCCGACUCAGGAUGUAGUUCCUGCAGCACCCCACUCUAUGAUCAGGGUGGCCCCGUGGAGAUCUUACCCUUCCUGUACCUGGGCAGUGCCUAUCACGCUUCUCGCAAAGACAUGCUGGAUGCCCUGGGCAUCACCGCCUUGAUCAACGUUUCAGCCAAUUGCCCCAACCAUUUUGAAGGGCAUUACCAGUAUAAGAGCAUCCCUGUGGAGGACAACCACAAGGCAGACAUCAGCUCCUGGUUCAAUGAGGCAAUUGACUUCAUAGAUUCCAUCAAGAAUGCUGGAGGAAGGGUAUUUGUCCACUGCCAGGCAGGCAUAUCCCGCUCAGCCACCAUCUGCCUUGCUUACCUCAUGAGGACUAACCGAGUCAAGCUGGACGAGGCCUUUGAAUUUGUGAAGCAAAGGAGAAGCAUCAUCUCUCCUAACUUCAGCUUUAUGGGCCAGCUGCUGCAGUUUGAGUCCCAGGUCCUGGCCCCCCACUGCUCAGCUGAGGCUGGGAGUCCCGCCAUGGCUGUGCUGGACCGAGGCACCUCCACUACCACUGUCUUCAACUUCCCUGUCUCCAUCCCCGUUCACUCCACGAACAGUGCAUUGAGCUACCUUCAGAGCCCCAUCACGACCUCUCCCAGCUGCUGAGGCACCACGGGAGGUGAUCUGAACUUCACAACUUACCAGGACUCCAGGCUCCUUGGCAGGAGAAAUGCAAUAACUCUGGGGCAGGGGACUCUUGAGCUGGUCCUUAUUUAUUUAAUUUCACCUGACUUCCACUGGGUUCCUCAACAGUCAUAGUGAAUGACUUCAAAGUCUAGACGAUUGCUGAACUCAGCACAUUUGGGGCCAAUUUACAGUGGGUACAUCAAGUCCCUCUGACAAAAAGGGGCAGAAGGGAAAGGACUCUGUAUGAGCCAGUUUCUUUUUGCUUGCCCCCAUUUUUUGUAGAAACUUCAUGCUUGACAUACCUACCAGUAUUACCAUUCCCGACAACACAUACAUACACAUGAGAAAUAUACCUUAUUUAUUUUUGUGUAGGUGGGCUGCCUUCACAAAUGUCAUUGUCUACUCCCAGAAAAGCCAAAUACCUCAAUUUUUGUGUUUAAGUACUGUAAUGUCCUGUAAAUAGAUCCUAAGCAGGUUUGUUUCCAGCACUGAUAGGAAACAUCAGUGUUGCUCUGUUUUGUGUUUUUUAAGUUGCCAACAGUUGUAUGUUUGCUGAUUAUUUAUGACCUGAAAUAAUAUAUUUCUUCUUCUAAGAAGACAUUUUAUUACAUAAGGAUGACCUUUUUUAUACAACAGAAUAAAUUAUAGUAUUUCUAUUGAAAU